AUGCGACUAGACAAUCACACUGUCACCCUGAAGAUUCUCGGUGAUGAGAACAAUGAACAGCCCAAACAUCAGGAAUGUCACACCUCAAAUGGAUAUUGGGAGCAACUGACCUCCGGCUUUACAAACGCUAGAGGACAGUUUGGAGAAGCAGGUGGUUUCGGUGAAUAUUCCUCGGACGAGUGGAUGCGCGAUCGCUGUUCUACACGUGGCAUUGUUGAUAUCUUGGACACCGGCAAAGCCAAAUCUGAGCUAGCGCGAUGCUCGGUUUCGUCCAUGCUGUCGCCGUUGAGAAGCUACGGAUAUUGGGAUCUGGCUCACGUCACGGAUUCCACAUACACGCGCACAACUACCCGCAAUCUUCGAAGAUACUCCACGUUGCCUACACAAAACGGUAGCCCGCAACGAGUUCUAUCCUUUGCAACCGCUUCUGCAAAGAUCGGUGAAGAGUUACGGGCGCUAUCGAGAAACCGGUCCGCACUAAUUUCACCAUUGAAUCCCUCUUCGUUCCGGAUCGAUAAUCAUUGGCCUUCCGAGUUAACUGCGUUCACAACUUCUGCUAAUCGGCUAACGCACACGCUAGUCCGAGUGUGGACCCAAAACCGCACGUACACGGCACACGCUUGCAAUUUAGCUAGCUAA